AUGAUAUUUUUCCAAUUGCCUUUGCUUAUUUGUAUACUGAUCCAAUUCAAUCUUUGCGGCUGCUAUGUAAAAGACUUGGCUAUAGAUGAUGUAUUUGGUCAGGAAAAAGGGUUUCGAAGGAUACUGAUUUAGCCAAAUCAGAUUGAUAAGAUAGAAGUGGACAGCUAUUUCAGAGGACAUUUUCUUGACUUCAAAAUUGAAGCAAAUAAUGAGACAAAUAAGUCCUUUGAAGCUGGAAACAAAUUAAUCACUAAUAAUAUAAUUUAGUUCUAAGAGCCAAUUAGAAUAAAACAUCCAAUGUAUAAAUACUAUGAUACACCUCAGCCAGUUUCUUUAUUCUCUCUCCAGUGUUUAUUUAUAGACGAUGGAAACGGUGUCAAGGAUAUUUUGAUUUUCUAUAACAUUGAUAACCAACUAAAACUAAACGCCUAUGAUUUAUCUGCUUACCUUAACUUUGUGAUGGUUCCCAUCAAAUAGCAAAUGACAGACUUAUUCAGUGGAUAAUAUCUGAGUGACAAGAAGAGAUGUACGUAUUUAAUAUAAAUUGAUGAUCAUACACUAGCAACUGCAUGCUUAUCCAAAAAUGGGAGCACAGCAACUAUGCUUGUAAUAACUGUGAUAGAUUAUAGUAAAAGGAACUUUAAGUUAGAUUAUUAUCCAAGCAGUAUUCUAUAUUCUGAGUUCACUGGAGGCAACUUAAUUCAUCUAAGAUCGCUUAACCAUUCAAAUGACUACAUUAACUUCAUACUUCUAAGUAAUAAAUCUAGUACUGAUAUCAAAGUCGUCUCAGUAAAUAAAACCAAUAAUAUAAUGUUCUUAAAAGCCUAAUAUAACAGUCUAAUCCUUACAGACCAAUUAACUAAGAUAGAUAAGAUUUAUCAUCCUUUGAUGAUAUAGGAUAUAGAAGUGGUAUACUUAAGAAAUGACAUGGUCCUAGCUACUGAUUAUGUUCAUGGCUUGUUCAUCCUAUUCCUCAAAUGUAACAUUAAAGAGUGCACCAUAAAUCUGAAAUCAAUUUAUAACUAUCCUGGACUAGGUGAAAUCACAAUGCCUAAGUUAGAAGAUAGUGAGUAUGUGUCUAAUGCACUUAUUUCGAUAAAUCAACCUCCUAAGAUUAAAGAAAUAAUCAUAGAGGAUUCCAAUAAUCCAUAUCUUGGGUGGGAAUAUUAUAUUUUAACUGACAAAAAUACCUAUCUAGGUUUAAACAUAAUGGACUCUAAUGAUAGGUACAUAAUCAUUGCAAUUCUAAGAAUGAAUGACUAUCAGCCAUUUAUUAGAGUGUAUGAUAGAAAGGACUCUCUUAAAUCUUAUGGAUUUAUUCAGAUACCCAUCUACUAAGCGUCCUUUAAUGAUAUCUUUGUUUACUCGCUUCAGUACAAUCACUUUUUCUUAAGAACAGGAGAGUACUUUAUCAUCUAUGCUAUCUAAUCCUCUUCCUUUAUUAUCAAUACUUUGAAUGUUGAUUUAAUGGAUAGUCUCUAGAUUUACGAUCAGAUUGUUGCAAUUAACCUUAAAGUAAGUGAUUAUACUGGCAGAUAAUUAGAGACGAUCGUUGAGAUUAUAAUACUGCCAAUUUAUUCUAAUAAGACAAUUGCACUUCAACCAACUCUAAGGGAAAAUAUGAGUCUUGAGUCGGAACUGUUAAGUAUUCAAUACUAAUGUGGGUAGUAUUAGGACUAGAUAAAACAAAUGAGGAUAUACAAUACUACAGAUAUUACUGAUAGUUUUGUGAUAUAAACAAUAGAUGAUAUAUUUAGUGGUCCCUUUAAUAAAAUGAUAGUGACACCUUCGUAUCAAGAUAUACAAGAAUAUUACUUUGAAAUAUGGACACCAAGAAUUCAAAAGAGCUACCAAAACAACUAGGAUUUCAGUGAAUGCAGACAGAACAAAGUCCUAAAAUUUGAUAUAGAGGGAGACACUCAUCAUAGAUUUGUAUGCAUUUCGCAAACUAAUUUCAGUAUUUUUACAGUUGAUAUGGUGCAUGAUAAUUAUAGAUAAAUUGAUAAUAUGAAUCCAUUCUACUUACCUGAUUUGAGUAUUACAGCUUACAUUGUAGACUUUGAAUCUUCAAUGAUAUUUUUAUUUACUGAGAAAAACAGAAGGAAUUAGUCUUUUGUAACUAUGCACAUUCUAAGGCUAUCAAAUCAAAUAGAAUGGGUUAGUAUAAUAAGACUAGGUGAGUAGUAUCAGAUACUUCAGGAAUUUAAGUUUUCGAAAAGAAAUCCAGUAGUUUAUAAUGGAGAUGUUUCAAUGGGAUUGUUGAAAUCGGAGCCCGAUGAAGCAGGAAUAUCUAAAAUAAUCAUAUUCAAAAUGACAAUAAAAGGAGAUGACAUAAGAUUUGAUCUAAGAGCAUACUAUGAAAUUUAAAUCAAUCAUGGAGAUUUUAUAAGGGAUAUAGAUAUUGCAGACAGUUUUAGAGUGUGGGUGUUACUUAACAAUAACACUAUGAUUUCUUACUAAUUGUAGAGAGUAUACAAGAAAACUCUCCAUAAUUUAGAAUAUCGGUUAAAGAAAAUCUUUGAGUUUAUUCCAUAUUCCUAUAACGGUAAAUAUGAGUCUGAGGUACAUGGAUUUGAUUUUCUUAAGAAUUAUCUGAUUUUCUUCAUUGGUAAAAACCUUAUUCAGGUAAUUGGCUUUGAAGACGGUGUAAUCAGCAUUGAGAGCAACUUUACUCUACCACUUUCUUACUAAAUAGCCUAAGAAGCAAAAGAUAAUUAUGUCUUUCUAUAUAAUUAAAUCGAAAAAAUUUAGUUUACUACUCAUAGUACUUUCCUAAUAAUUCCAUUCUAUAAUACACUUAGAAAUGUCACUAGAAUUAACAUGUAUAAACUGAAUUAAGUAAGGUAAAACACUCUUUAUUUAGAAGAAGAUAUUCCAUAAGGAUUUAGAUUUCAUGAUAACUUUACCAGUGUAGAUCACUUCCACAUUAAUGACAACCUUAUCUAAAUAGUGUUAACAACAAUAAACACUUCAGUGUAAUUCAACGUAGAGCUCGGCUACUCAAUAAGAAUGAAUUAUAUUGAAGCAACUAAGUUAGACUAAAAAUGCAAAAAUAGUUAGGAGCAAAUUUGCAUACAAUAUUAAAUCUUUCCUAUAGAAAAUCCUGAUUAAAAAAUCUAAUUCGAUCUAAAUGCUAUAAAUACGGGGUUAAUGAUUACAAAAGAUAAGGAAAGCCUCUCAAGUACUAUAAUGAUUAUGACUAAGCCAAUCUAAUAUGGAAUAUAUAACCUUAAUGGGUAGGCAAAUAUAAAUGAACUAUUCUAUGGAUUUUAAAUGAAUUUCGAUAUCACUCCUUUGGAAACAAGAAUCUAAGAUGCAAAUAAUCAAAAGCUUAAGUCAUAGAAUGAGAAUGAUGACACUGCAGAUGAUACUUCCAGUGAUAUCUAUGGAGACUUAGCUGUUGAAAAAAUUAUCAUGCUUAAUAAACCUUAACCUAUUGACUUUCUAUCAAAUACAAACUAAUUAGUUGAACUCUUUACUAUUGGAGAUUUUAUAGUAUGGCUAGACUAGAGUGGCUUUUUCUUUGUUACUAAAGAUGUCUAGGCUAACUAAUACGAAAGAUUUCCUUCGAUGAGUCUUAUUGGAUGCAUCCCUAAUCUUUUCACAAAAUAUGAAUCAAAUGUCUUCAUAUUUUAGUGUAAUGGGACUGUUGUAAACUAUACUGAUAAUGUGAUUAUAUUUGGAGCAACUAAAGCCUAUACUAAGUUGCCCAAAAAUGCUGACUCAAAAUAUUUCCAUUCAUUUUUUGACGGAUCUCUUUGGAUUAAGUUCACGAAGCAUCACAUCAGAUAAUAGCUGAAGAUUUCCUCUGCUGCAAUUUAUGAAUAUUCAAAUUAUCAGUAUUAUGUAGCUUUGGUAUUUGAUAUUGAAUCUUCAGAUCAAGUAUCAUAUGUGAGUUUUCAUAAUAUUACAAUCACUAACACUAAUACUGAAUAUUAUUUAUAUCCAGAAAGAACUAUUCAUGCCUUAACAUUUGGAAAAUAAGUAGGAGAGUUAACUUGUAGUAGUCUGUAAACUAUGAACAAUUUUCUAUUAAACAAAUUGUACAAGAAAACUCUGAUAACUAUUAUUUUGUACUUGAUCAAUUAGGAAUAAUAUCUCUAAGAAUUGAAAAUAUCACCUUAUUCACAAAUUCAUCAAGUUCUCAGCCUGGUUAUCAUAUUUAGACUUAUUUGA